AUUGUACCAAUGGACGGCGAUCGCGCGCCAAAGCAGCACCGCGCGCGCCAAGCCGGUCGCAAGGCGGAUCGGAGGAGCAAGAUUCAGAGCAAGAAGCACGUCUCGAGCUCAUCCAAGGAGCACUUUGACGAAACACACGGAAACGACGCAGGCGGAGAUGCAAGCAAUGGCCAUGGCGGAGACGGCGACGGCAAGAAGAAGAAGCUGCUGCCGUCCAAGACGCGCAACCCAAAGGCGUUCAUCAUGCAGUCAAGCGUCUAUGCCAUGAAGGCUCAGCGAAGGAAGCUCGAUCUCGAUUCCAAGAAGAUGCACCUGCCGAUGCCGGAUCGCACUCCAGUCGAGCCCCCGCCGAUUGUCGUCGCAGUCAUUGGACCGCCGCGCGUGGGAAAAACCACGCUGAUCAAAUCGCUCGUCAAGCGGUACACAAAGCACUCGAUUGCCGAAGUCAAGGGCCCCAUCACUGUGGUUGCCGGCAAGAACAAGCGCAUCACAUUCAUCGAGUGCAGCAACGACCUCAACAGCAUGAUUGACUUGGGCAAAGUCUGCGAUCUGGCACUCUUGCUCGUCGACGCCAGCUUUGGCUUUGAGAUGGAAACGUUCGAGUUCCUGAACAUUCUGCAAGUGCACGGCUUCCCUCGCGUCAUGGGCGUCCUCACCCAUCUCGACGGCUUCCGAAACAACAAAAAGUUGCGCACCAUCAAGAAGAAGCUGAAAAACCGCUUCUGGACGGAAAUUUACCAAGGUGCCAAGCUCUUCUACCUCUCUGGUCUCAUCAACGGCAAGUACGUCAAGAACGAAAUCCAAAAUCUCAGCCGCUUCAUUGCCGUGAUGAAGUUCCGGCCGCUGGUUUGGCGAUCGACGCACCCCUACCUCGUUGCCGAUCGUUUCGAAGACCUGACUGAUCCUGCACUGAAACGAGAAAACCCCAAGUGCGACCGUAACGUGACCAUGUACGGGUACGUGCGCGGCACCAACCUCAAGCCUCGCAUGAAGGUCCACAUUGCCGGCUGCGGCGAUUAUUACAUGCACUCAAUCACAGCCGUGCCCGACCCAUGCCCCCCUCCAGGAGCGUCCAAGAAGCGCACACUUAGCGAGAAGGAGCGCCUUCUGUACGCGCCCAUGUCGGAUGUCGGCGAUGUCUUGUACGACAAGGAUGCCGUCUACAUCGAGAUUGGCGGCAACGCGUCGAGCCGUUCGCGCAUUGAUGCCAUCGCCGACGAGGAGCGCGACCAAGACAGCAAGCCAUCGAAAGAAAACAACAGCGACGACAGCGAUGAAGACGCCGAGCCCGAGGAAGAGGAGGCACCCCGCCGCGGAGAUGGCGAGGAAAUGCUCACCUCCCUGAUCAAGACGCGUCACACCCUGAACGAUCGCCUUGCUGACAGUGAGCUGCGUCUCUUUUCGUCCGCUGCACCACUCAAGUCGUCCGAGGUUGGCAGCAUUUUUGCCGAUGCCCAGAAGGCUCGCAAGAAGCAUGCUGAAGACGAGGACGAGGUCGAUGAAGACGACGAUGACGAUGAAGACGACGAGGACGAUGAAGAUCUCGACGACGAUGAUGAUCUCGACGACGACGAAGAUCUCGACGACGACGAAGACGACGAAGCCAAUCACCAGUCCCGCAUUCGCAAAGUUCGCAAACCCGCGGAAUCACGCGUGACCGACGAGUCUGGUCGCACCCGUCGCCGAGCGCUUUUUGACGACGAUGACGACGACGAUGAAGAUGACGAUGACGACGAAGACGACGGCGACGACGAUGAGAAUGACGAGGAUGAAGACGACGACGAGGACGACGACGACGACGACGAAGAAGAAGACGAUGCGGAAGACGACACGCCCACACGGCGCGCCAAUGUCAAGCAAACCAAAAAGCCCCGCACAAUGCUUCGCCGAGAACCUGCAGUGUACCGCGAGGACAUUGUUGAUUCGGACGACCAGGAGGAGAACCUGGCGUUUGCGAGUAGCGAGGAGGAGCUGAGCGCGGACGAGGAUGACAUGGUGCACACUGGUGUGAACGACGACGACGACGACGACGACCAAGAAGACAUGGACGAGGAGGAGGAGGAGGAGGACUCUGACGAAGAAGAGGAAGCCGCCCCAGCAGGCAAAUCCAAUGCCAAGCCCACCUCAACCUCAACGGCUCCCGUCGCGAGUGCUACGCGUGCGUUCGAAAGCGCCAUUUCAUCAAACAAUCCGUUUGGCAUUGAGCAAGGUUUGCUGCGAUGGAAGCAGGACCUGAGCCGCAAAGCUGCAGAGGCGUUCAAGCUCCAGCGCAUGCGAAAUGUCAUGGCGCUGGUGUAUGGCUCUGGUCUCGGCACCAGUGCCAAUGUGCGACAGCUGCUCGGCGGGCGACCCAUUUUCGAGGAAGACGAGGAAAACCCGGACGAGGAAGAAGACGACCGCGAUGCGGACGACAAUCUGUUCAAACUGUCCAAAAACCUCGCUGCCAUUCGCGCGAAACGCUCUGGUGUGCGCAUUGACGACUCGUUCGACUCGUCGCGAUUUGCCAUUGACGAUGAAGACAUUGCCAAGUGGGACGACAAGGACUUCCGCGAGGGCAUUCGCAACCGCUUUGUGACUGGCGCCUGGGACGAGGACGAGGACGCUGCCACCCUGCUGGCUCGUGCCAACGGCGUCACCCCCAUCGAUCAAGAUGCAGAUGAGGUGUAUGGUGACUUUGAGGAUGUCGAAGAGGGCAAGGUGUAUCACGGCAAGAGUGUUUCCAAGGCCGAGGGCGACAGCGAUGGUGACGACCAAGACGAGAACGGCGACAACGACGACGACGACGACGAAGACGGCCAAGACAACGUUGCUAUGGAUGUCGACGGUGACGACAACGAUGCUGAGCGUCGUGCAAACGCAGAGCGAAAGAAACAGACCAAGGCAGAAUUCAAUCGUGAAUACGACGCCGACGCCAACGGCCCUGGCAACAGCAACAACAACAACGAGUCGACUCACUUUGACGACCUGAAGCGCUCGCUGGAUGAGCAGCAGCAGCUCAACCGAGCAGAGUUCGAAGAGGACGACGACGACACGCGUGUCAUGUACGAGGGUUUCCGUCCCGGCCUUUACGUCCGCAUUGAGUUUGUGCGGAUGCCCGCCGAGCUCGUCGAGCACUUUGAUCCCCGCUUCCCUGUCGUGCUGGGUGGCUUGCUCAACAGCGAGGAAAACAUUGGCUUUAUGCAGGUGCGCAUGAAGAAGCACCGUUGGUACCGCAAGAUUCUCAAGACGAACGAUCCGCUCAUCCUGUCGGUCGGCUGGCGCCGCUUCCAGUCCGUCCCCGUCUACUCGAUUCAAGACCACAACGGCCGCAACCGCAUGCUCAAGUACACACCUCUGCACAUGCACUGCACUGCGACGCUCUACGGCCCGAUUGUCCCGCCAAAUACCGGUGUCCUCGCCGUGCAGUCCGUGUCAGACCCAACAGCGCAGUUCCGCGUGUCGGCCACCGGCGUUGUCAUUGAGGUCGACCAGUCGUUUACUGUCGUCAAGAAGCUCAAAUUGUCCGGCACCCCAACCAAGAUUUUCAAAAACACGGCCUUCAUCAAGGACAUGUUCACCUCUGCCCUGGAAGUGGCCAAGUUCGAGGGAGCCUCCAUUCGAUCCGUGUCUGGCAUUCGCGGUCAAGUGAAGAAGGCCCUGCCUAAGCCUGAAGGUGCCUUCCGUGCGACCUUUGAGGACAAGAUCUUGAUGAGUGACAUCAUCUUUUUGCGCGCUUGGUAUCCUGUCAAGAUGGUGCAAUUGUACAACCCGGUGACGUCUCUGUUGUUGCGUGACAAGACGUCGUGGAAGGGCAUGCGCACGACUGGCCAGGUUCGCCGCGAGGAGCAAGUACCAAUUCCGACCAAGAACGACUCUGUCUACAAGCCCGUUGAGCGCGUGGCACGCCACUUUAACGCACUCAAAAUCCCGAAGGCUCUGCAGGCCGAGCUCCCUUACGCCUCCAAACCCAAGCUCCUCGCCGAGCGACAGCAAAAGUCGUACCUCACGAAACGCGCCGUCGUCAUGGAGCCGAUCGAGCGCAAGGUGUACUCGCUCAUGCAACAAGUGCAGACGGUCAAGAACGAGCGCAUCAAGAAACGCGCCGUCAAGCAGCGCGAGUCCAAAGCUCGCCACGCCGAGAAGCAAAAAGGCGAGCAGGACACACGUGAAAAGUACGACAAGAUCCGCCGCAAGCGUGCCCUCGAGAAGAUUGGCCAGAAUGAAUCGCGCAAAAAGGGCCGCUACGGAAACGGUGGUGGCCGCGAUGCCGACGAUUAAAUGCCUUCGAUAUCUGGUUUCUAUCAUUUUGUACCAUUAAUCCAAGUAAAUUCUGUCUGAUUGUCAUGAAAACCCAACGAAACCAAC